CUAAUAGUGACGUCGCAUAGAAACCGGCAUAAAGUAUUGUUGGCGCCAAACAGUAGAUUGAAUUUCUACUACACUGAUUCGAAAGAAUGGCAGAAAGUCAUCAUCAUACCACAAAUAGCUGUGCACUGGACGAUGAUGGAAACAUCAACUCAGAACAAAACAAAGAAAUAUCUAACUCAAGAAGAAAGAGUGUACGAAAAAAGAACACUUCAGAAAAAAGUGCUGGAGGUUCCUUAACAACCAACGAUGGCAGUCUGCAGGCAGCGGAUCAUUUACUACAAGAGCUCGAUGCUAUAAUCGAACCUGACACAGACAAAAGAAGACAGAGAAGAAGCCUUACUCACUGUUCCGUGACCGGUAAUUCCAACGACAAUAGUCGGAAAAGAAGCAACAUAGAAAGGAAAACUGGUGAACCUUCAAGAAUCAAGGCAUUUGAUGAUACCGGACGUGUCGACUUAGAUGCCGUGGAAAAAUGGGUAUCGGCUUCUAAUAUUGAUAUCGGCUUGGGAUCAGAGAAAGAACUUGGUCAUUCGGUGUCAAAACAGCAGGUUGAAAAUAAAAAAGUUCCGUACAAAUUCGAAAAGGCGGAUGUUGCGGUGGGUGAAAGCGAUACAAUAGUGAAACGCCUUUCCUCUCAAGAUUUCAACGAACCCUUGAAAAAGUCAAAAAGCGUCAGUCUGUCAUCUUCAAAGAAUAAGCAAGUUACAGUUCCUCUAUCUUCUGGCCAUUUUUCAACGUCUAAAAUUUCUGAGAUGCCCGAACCGAUGCCAGCAGCUUCGUGCCCAAGACCUCUACAGUCAACCCGACUCCCUCCUGUUAAAAUCAACUCCACAAAGAGCGAAGAUGUCUUCAAAGAAAAAUUCUCAAACACGACCACUCUACAUAUUUCAACAGAUAUUCAGAAAUGCGUUCAGCCGAACCGUGAUUUAUUCUCGGCAAUAAAAGAGAGCUCAGAAUUGCCAGAGAAAGCAGAAAAAUCCGGAAGUGCACGCAAAGCGCAAACUACAGGAAGUGCAGCCAAAUACGCAGUGGAGUAUCUACUUCCGGGUCAGGUGUCAGAGAACAGAUUUGACGAGGAUAAUACCGAAGAGAUAAAUAUACGCGCUAUUGUGCUAGAUUACAGUGCAUCCGAAUGCGAGCGUAUUAAGAAAAGAGGCAAAAAUUGUGGACUAGUGAGAUUCUGCACACGUCUUUGUUGUUGUUGCAAUGUGCAGGCAGACGACGUGGAGGUAGUGAAGCGGAGCAAUAUGGAAAGCCGAACGGACAAUCUCAAAGAAAUCAGAAGAAGCAUUCCUAGAAGGCUUUGGAAAAGAGUUAAGAGGUGUUUUGGAUUUUAAAUUGUUGCUGAUUUUAAUUUUUCUUUUAAUGUGUUGUGCCAAUUUCAGUCUUCAUUUUUCUUUCGGAUGAACGUUUCCUCCAAUGAAAUUUUACGAUGAAAUUUGAAUGCUUGAAAAUUUUACUAUCAAAAAUAAUAUGUGAUGUAGUAACAAAAGGAUAAAGGAACAUAAUUUUGCCAAAUGUUGCGGCUGCAGUAUAAAGGGAUUAGAAACAAAGCUGAAACUCAAAUUAUCAACAUUAAAUGUAGAAAUAAUCUAUAUUGUAACGCUCAGAAAAGGACAUAACUGAAUUAUUUACUGAUUCCGAAGACAUGCUUAAAGUAUUCACAUCUCUAUGCAUAUAAAUGUGAGACCGGAGACCAGUGUCCAGGAUACAACCUUUGGUAAAUUUCAAGAGGAAACAAUGAGAAAUCAGUCAGAUCUCUUUUCUUAGACUGGACUACAAACUCGGCUUCCCUUGGUUCAAGUGUUGGCUAGCAAUAGAGAAGGAAGCUGUUCAUGAUCAAUAGAAUUUCACCAAACAUUAACACGCAAGCAGAACAGCGACUUCUAGUACAUCUAUCGCCGUACUAGACAUUGAAACAAAAUGUCACGAGUGCUCAAUUGAAUAGAAAAUACUUUGUGAAAACCUGCAAUGGUUAAAAUUUUGAAUCUUGAGAAAAAUAAAUACUAUUCAUAAAAUAAUAUUGGCAGAAUGCAUUAUUACUUUAUACUGCCAUGUUGUGAUAAUAAAAGUGCAAUUCUCAUUACAUCAUUGUUUCUACAUAUUAUCCGAUUAAAGAUUUACA